AUGGAGGAUACCUCCCUCUCCGAGGACCCUUUGGUCCAGCAAGCGGGCUCUCCUACAUCGCCCAGCCCAAAGAGCUGCUUUGACCGGCUACCACUUAAUGUGAUCGAGCACAUCCUAUAUGCUUCCGAUGCCAAUACAUUUGCAUCGCUAUCUCUGCUAAACCGAAGAUGGAAGCAUUCAUCCGAUUCCGCUGCAUUGUAUGCCUAUCAGUUGUCACGUUGUUCAUCCCUUUCCUGGUCUCGCGGGGUCAUUCCUGAGGCAGAAAACCUCACUAAACUCAAGCGCCAAUUUGUUAAAGAGGUCAGGCAGAACGCCUUUGAUGCAUUUCUACGGCCUCGGCAAACUCUCGUGCGGCUCCUUUCAAGUUCUAUGAGCUCGUCAACGGCGUUCCCACAGGGCGAAGUUUUUCGAUUCUCAUUUUCAGGAAACGGUCAAAUGGUUCUCUGCAUCAGCUCUUCUCGCAUUGUCAUAUUAGACGUGUCUACUGACCCAGUCAUCGUCAAGCAUGAGCUUAAGACUCGAAGACGGCCACUGGGAGCCACAAUCCGUGAUGAUAGCUCUCUCAUUGCUGUUUUAUCUUCCACGCAUCGAGUUCAUAUAUACCAGCUUUCUGACGAUGAAGCCAAACACAUUCAAGUUAUCACACUGAAUGAUGGUCCAAGGGACAUCAAGUUCUCUCCAGCAGGUAGUGUGCUAGCAUUAGCCUUCGAGGAUAGUAUCGAGGUAUACGCUGUGGGUGAAGAGGCUUUGCCAACCGACCGCCGGGCGUCACUAUCACUCCUCCUUUCUAUACUGAGACCGGAACGGACGCCUCACCCGGAGAACUCGAGAUGCGAAUGUGGACAACACAAAUUCUCUUUCCUGAAACAAUCUCUUGCCAUAUCACUCACAUCUCCCUUUGUUGCUGGCCAAGAGGAAGCCGACGAUCACUGGGUGAUGGGAUAUGAUGAACAAUUGGGGGCGUUUAGGGCGCUUCAAUUAAACAAUAAUGCGGGAAUCGUUUAUUUCGCCAGUCCAUUCCUCGCAGGUGAAUCCCGGGAAAUGCGACCAAGCAUGAGACCCGCCACGGAUGAUGCGGGAGAACUUUCUGCAUUAGGGUUCCAAGAUUCAGAACUAUGGAUAUAUGGGAUGCCUAGCUUGGGCGCUAGUGAAAUCACUGGUACCCAGGUUGGUGGUGGUCAUCAUUAUGGAGGUUGUGCGCCUCGCGACAAUCUAGCACAGCUUCAGAAGAUCGUUCAACAACCUAAGAUCUUGAUCCGGGGGCGGCGGGUGAGUGACAUGCACGGUAUCACAUCCGCUCAUUGGGUACAUUCUGACUCACGACGCCGUCGGAGACUCGUCGCGGUAGCGCCUGGUGGUGUGCGCUCACAGAACUUUGGCGAAGAAGAUAUCCCAGUUGACGGUGGUCGAAUUCUCCUCCUUGAUUUUGAGCGCUCUACCAUGAACGGUGAAACGACUGAACUUGACAUCGAAGUCGGAGAAAAGGCACCCAAGAUUCUUAUGGAGCCGGACUCCUCUUUGGACACGGAAGUGGAGCUUGAAAGAAGGCGAACACGACUACAUCGUGGCGAUACUGUUACAGCAUUCGCAGCCCGCGGUAAUUCAACAAUUACUCGAGAAUCCCGAGCUCUGCCACUUCACUUCCGCCGCAACAGUCUUGCAGUUCCCACCUCGCCAAGCGAGACUUCUCGAGUCGAUAUACUCGACCUUCCAUAUGACAAUACGCAGCCUCGUUCCAGCACAGUCCUCCACCGAGCUGCUACUGUGGUUGCAUCGACCCGUGGACGGUACGACCCUCGAUAUCGUAAUUCCCACAACCCCCGACAGAUUCCCCAUGAAAGUGACGCCGAUAAUUGGGUGCCACCACCACCUCCUUACGAACGUGAGACGGUGGACCCAUUGCCAGAUGAUCUACAACGAAUGCUCCUUCCCCCGGUCAAUGUCGCCAGCUCUACCCUUCACCCUGAAAGAGGACAAAUCGCUCGUGUCGCGCAGCAACCAACCCGCCCUCGCCCACAGUCUGUCAAUUUCCAGAGCCUAGGCACUACGACUGGGACAAGGCGCAGGGGAAGUUCCAUUGGCAGAGACUUCAACCCAGAUCAAUUGGCCCCGCAAGAUUCGUUCACGAACAACUUAUCACCAGAACAGCCGCGAUCUGCUUCGCGUCCACCUACGGCGAUCCAACCCACCACGCCUACAUUUGCUGUAUAUCCAGCUGAACUACCCCCACAAGAAAACACGAUGCCUCUUCCAUAUUUGAGGGCCUCGGCACUGGGCGAUGCACUUGGUGAUGCCUACUUCCCAUACUCUGUAUCAUCGCCAAACCUUCUCCAUAUCCCACAGCCAUAUGAAGAAGUACAGGGCACUGCAGUAGAUGACGAGCAUGAGAUACCUCAGAGGCAAAGAUCUUUCCGCAGGCGGGUUUCAACCGAACCCUCCAGCUUACCGCCGCCAACAAACGAGGAAUGGCGCCGGCGCAUUCAGGAUUGGAACAAUAACACAAUUAAGGAGCGGCGUCGUAAACGAAGGGGGAAGUGCCAUGUCAUGUAG